GAUAAGGAGACCUGAAAAAGAUGAUGAACCUGAGGCUGCAAAUUCACCGGAAAUAGAGCCAAGCGAACCACCAAGCUCCAUCAAGAGUGACUUGAUAGUUGCCCAGACUACAUUGGAUAGAAAUAAUUCUGAAAGGCGGUCUGCUCCAUCUCCAAGCCCAAGCCAAGGGGACGAAAACGAGGGAAGAACGAGAAUUCCAAUCCAACGAUCACCGGAACAAACUAAGAGGGUAUCUCCAGUUCCUAAUCCUGCUGGCGGCAUUGACCAUAGCAAAUUGGGAGAUAAAGAAAGCUGCGACCUGUUUACAGGGGAAUGGGUUCCCAACCCAGAGGCACCGUAUUAUACCAACUCCACGUGUUAUGGAAUUUACGAUCAUCAGAAUUGUAUGAAAUAUGGAAGGCCCGAUACUAACUUUUUGAAAUGGAGGUGGAAACCAGACGGAUGCGAGCUGCCCAUAUUCGAUCCGCACCAGUUUUUGGAAGUGGUUAGGGGAAAGUCCAUCGCCUUUGUGGGAGACUCUCUGGCAAGAAAUCACAUGUUGUCAUUGAUGUGCCUCUUGUCGAGGGUUCUUUAUCCUCUGGAUGUUUCAACUGCUAAUGACGAAAAUAGACGCUGGGCAUACAGGGAGUAUACCUUCAACGUUUCCAUGUUCUGGGCUCCCUAUCUGGUAAGGUCAGAAAGAACUGAUCCCAACAAUAUAACCCGCCCUUUCAAUCUGUAUCUUGAUGAGUUUGAUGAUGGCUGGACAACAAAAGUUCAAGCGUAUGACUACAUUAUCAUCUCAGCUGGGCAAUGGUUCUUCAGGCCAACCAAUUUCUAUGAAAAUCGCACCCUCGUUGGCUGCCUGGCCUGUAAACAAGACAAUGUUACUCAGUUCACAAUGAAUUUUAGCUAUGAAAGAGCUUUCAGGACAGCUUUCAGAGCAAUUAUCAGCUUAGCAAACUUCAAGGGUGUAACAAUCCUUAGGACCAUUGCCCCGUCGCACUUUGAAGGUGGGGUUUGGGACCAAGGUGGAGAUUGUGUGAGAACGAGGCCCUUCAACAGGAAUGAGACUGUCUUGGCGGAUUAUAACUCAGAACUGCACAAAAUACAAUUGAAGGAACUUAGAAUUGCUCAAGAAGAAGGAAGCAAAUGGGGUUUAAGGUUUCGAUUAUUUGAUGUAACGCAGGCUAUGUCGCUGAGACCAGACGGUCACCCCAGUAAAUACGGUCACUGGCCAACUGAGAAAGUGACUAAUGAUUGCGUGCAUUGGUGUUUGCCCGGUCCGAUCGACGCAUGGAAUGACUUCUUACAAGAAUUAAUCAAACGGGAGGAAACAAAAAAAUCAUCAUAUAGGUAUACCUAGAGUAGUUGAGGAAUUCAUUUGGGAUUCUCCCCACAAAACGUACUCCCAAAAAUUUUAUUACUGCGACAGCAAUAAACUUCUAGCAUGCAUUUGUUUCUUCCAUUAUCCUUUUCUCUUUGCUUUUUUCUUUUUU